CAUCAUCUCCAUCGCCAACUCCCAGUUACCAGCUUACUGCCACUUGGUUGGUGUCAAAGGGGAAGCCACAAUCCAUCAUCUCGAAUCUUUUCUAUCCAGUCAUCGUUGCUGUCUGAGUUGCACACUCUCAACUCCCUCUUUUACUUUCUUUGUCGACAACCUCACCGCUGCUUGCAUCACUCUUCUCCCUUUUCCAUGGUGAAACCUUCAUCCACGCCUGCUGUCCCAAAUCAACAACGACUUUUCGAUAUCCGACACUUUGCACGCGCCAUCAUUCCUCUAUCUUCCUCUCUCCCUUCCACCGUGCACCUUGAUCUGUGUGCUACAUCAUCCACCGUGCCCUGAACCCUCCGGGCCAUGAAGUGGAAGUCCAGACUCUCCAAAACUGUUCCCACGCCGGUCUAUUCCUCCAACCCUGAGGUUUCCGGCGCUGACUCUGGAAUCGACAUCUCCAUCACUACUGAUGACAAGCCCAAUCCAAACAUGUCCGAAUCAAAUGGAGUGCUUAAGGAGCACAGUCCUCUCGAGCCCUCCCGGCCCACCACAGGACGACUUGUGAGCGCCUCCAUGAUGCGAUCCGGUACCACCCUUAUCUCCUUCCGAUGAAAACGGUUGCACUAACACCUCCCAAGUAAUGUCAUCUUCCGAGUCGUCUCCGUCCUCCGAAUCAAACCAGUGGUCGUCCGCAAUUGGCCAUGCAAGCACCGGAAAGUCAGGGAGAGUCAUUGAGCGGUUACAAGGUGACAUUGACCGCUUACGACGGGAAAAACAUCUCCUCAAAGUUCGACACGAGGAAGCUGAGAAAGCGAACGAGACUCUUCUGACCAGAAAUCAGUACUUGGAGGAUCGCAACAGUAAUUAUGAACAAUCCAACGAGGCCAACCUGCGACAGUUGGGCAGGAAAGAAAGACAAGUCGAGGAGCUGAGAGAAGAAUUACGCAAAGAAAGAUUAAAGACCAGCAGGGCCGAGGCACAGGCUCAAGCCGCCGCCACAAAUGAAGAGUCGUGGCGAGACCAGGCCAGUCAGGCCAAGAGCCUCGCUGCCCAGAAAGAGGUAGAAUAUGAGACUAUCGUCGCCUGUCGAAAGACCGACUAUGACAGACAUCAGCUCGGUCUGGACAAAAUUCGGAGCGGCUUCACUAGCCUCCUUCGAAGACAACAGGAUGAUGUGGAGAGGAAGAAAAAGCUGGAAAUCCUUGCCGAACAACAACGGCAGACAAUUUCCCAAUUGGAAGAAAUCAACAAGAAACUCACUGUCAACUUCAGAAGUUACCGAGCCGAAAUCGACACAGCGAUCGCUGACUUACGCCGAAUGGCAAGCUCCAACGAUGAUGCCAUGACUCAAAAGUUGCAUGACAUGACAGAGGUGACUGGUCAGAUGAGAUGGGUGAUGAAAGUCGACGAGGUGGUCAAUGGCAAUGUCCCAAGUGGGCAUCCUCCUAUAGCAGCACACUCAUCACGUCCUCCCUCGCAACAUCAAGACCAAUUUAUCACCAACGGCGACAUCGACACACGAAGAGAGAAAGAAUCUGGACGACGCAGCCCUACGAAAGGUUUUCUGACCCGACACCUACGCAAGGAAUCGAACAAAUCCACAAAAUAAAAACCAAAACCGGAGCAUAUACUCUGAGUAUUCCAAACGACUUGUACGAAAUGGCCACGAAAGAACCCUCUCAAAUUACAAUUACAAUAUAUCAAUACCCUGUAACUACCUAUGUACCUAGGACCCCAUCAUUUGUGCUCCGGAGUUGCUGUACUAGACCAAGACCGACACUGGAAUCUGAAGAAUCUGGACCUGAAAUGGGUCUUACUCAAUGAUGAACUGACAUGAGGCGUUUUGAUUCUGGUACCAUGAAAUCAAAGCCUGCUACCAUACAUGCACGGCACGGCACUACAUGGAGGACGUGGGCAAUGGGCAUGACAUGGUGGAUUUGAAAUACAUAGCUUAUGUAAUUAGACCAAAGAAAGAUACAUAAUGAAAAAC